AAAAGAUAUCAAUUUCAAGUAAAAACUGAAACUUGAGAAAUCUUUUCGAAGAGUCAUAAGUUGAUCAUGCAAAUUUAUUUUAAAGUUUUUGUAUAGUAGAAAUGACUAAAACUUGAAAUUGUCUUUUGAAAAAUAGAUAUGAAACAAGAGGCAACUCCGUUGAUAGAAAGGUCAGCCUCUUAUCAUAAACGUCCAGGAACUUUGAAGGUUCUCGACAACAGUGUUGGCUGGACUCCUUCACAAGCUGAGUUUCCCCAUUCGGUUUCGUUGUCGUUGUUGGAUGUAAAGAGUCAGAUGGUCUCCGCACAAGGAAGCAAACAGGCACUGUUGAAGCUUACAACCUUGAACAGUUCGGAAAGUUAUGUAUUUGAAUUUGUUCGAGCUGCCAAGCCGGACUUUGUUUCUAGAGACGAAAUAAAAGACUUCAUAUCGAGGCAAUUGGCAAAACUGAAGGCUUCAAAGGAGAAAAGUGGCACAACAGAACAACCACAAAAAGAAUCGGAAAGUACUAAAUCUGGUGUCUCAUCUGAAGAAGCGAAAAGAAGGCUGGAAGUAUUGAGAAAACGUCCAGAACUGCAAAAACUACAUAUGAGUCUGGUAGGAGGAGGACUAAUUUCUGAUACGCAUUUCUGGAAUGGCGUUUGGUACAGACUACACCAGUCGGAACAAGAAUUACUGAAUAAAGAGGAAGAACAAGCCUCCGUAAAGCAGACUCGAGGAAUAUCUUCGGAGAUACUUUCGGAAAUCAAUCCAGUGGAAGAGAAAGGGAAAACUGUGAAAUACCGUUUAACUCAGGAUAUCAUUCAUAAGAUAUUUCUAGAAGAUCCAGCCGUCCAUCUUGCCUUUCAGAGUUAUGUACCUGCUAAAAUGUCGGAACAAGCAUUCUGGACGCAAUACUUUCAAAGUCGUUAUAUAUGUCAAGGAAAGAAAUCAGAGAAAGAUGAUAUUUUUACUCCUUUUGAGGCCCAAGUACAGAAAGGAAAGGUUGUAAAGGACAAAAAGGAAAUCUUGAAAGAUGUAGAAAAUGAAAUCAACCUGUUUCUUGAUGACAAAGCUUAUCAAAGUGGUUAUGGAAUCAAUGAACAUUCCAUUACUAAGCAGAUUCAAGAGGAUCCAUCUCUCCCAUUACUGCAAAGACUGAACCGCCAUAGCUCGUUGGUAGUAGAAGCAAGUAAUACAAGCAAUGCUCAUGCUUAUAAGGAAGACUUGUAUCAGACACUUGCAGAACAGCAUUCGCUCCAGAAACAAGAGCAACUUCUCAGUUUACCAUAUUCAUUUCUUCCCUCUUCGCAGUCCAAGUCGAUAUACAAACCACAUAACUGGAAAUAUCUAGCAGCACAUUUAAGGAAUGCGCCUGGAAGUCUUUACUCUGUGAAGCCCUCUGUAGAUACUUCUAGAAAAGUGUUGGAGGAACUUUUUGAUAACAUGUGAUAUAGUGUAUGCUAUUCAUAUCCAUAUGGUACUUACUUUUUUCAG